CUUUAUGAACGUUAACCAUUGGUCUCCAAGUGCGUAGUUUAAACUUUUAUGGAGUCUAGAAAAGUUUCUUUAAGCGCUAAUGCGUUGAUUGGGGGCAAAUGGAGACUUGUACGGAAAAUUGGUGGUGGCUCUUUUGGAGAUAUAUAUCUAGGACAGAAUAUGUUGACGGGUGAUGAGGUUGCAAUUAAGCUAGAGCCCGUAACAGCUAGACAUCCUCAAUUAUUGUAUGAGAGUCGAGUCUACCGCGUUUUACAAACGUCAGUGGGAAUACCUAGAGUUUACUGGUUUGGGCCGGAUGGAGUAAGUAACCGGUACAAGGCUAUGGUUAUGGAUUUGCUCGGUCCAAGUCUCGAGGAUUUGUUCACAUUUUGUGGUCGUCGUUUCUCCAUGAAAACAGUUUUAACGCUAGCUGAACAAAUGCUAUGGCGUAUCGAACAUGUUCACUACAGAGGUUUAAUCCACAGGGAUAUUAAACCAGAUAAUUUCUUGAUGGGAAUCGGUCCACAUUGCAACCGAGUCUUCAUUGUUGAUUUCGGAUUAGCGAAAAGAUUUAGAGAUCACAGGUCAAAGUGCCACAUACCUUACAGAGAUGACAAGAACCUAACAGGCACAGCACGCUACGCCAGCAUAAAUGCUCAUGCUGGCAUAGAACAGUCUAGGAGAGACGACAUUGAAUCUCUCGGAUAUGUUUUCAUGUAUUUUCUCAGAGGACACCUUCCAUGGCAAGGUCUCAAGGCGAAUACCAAAAAGCAAAAGUACGAACGUAUUUACGAGAAAAAACUGGCUACAUCUCCUGAAGCUUUAUGUAAAGGUUAUCCAGUCGAAUUCGAAAAGUAUUUGCAUUUCGCUCGUGGAUUGGCUUUUGACAGUACUCCAGAUUAUCACUUUCUAAGAGGAAUUUUCCGCCGUCUAUUUCAAAGCCUAAACUUCGUCUUGGAUUAUGUAUAUGAUUGGGCACUCCUAGGCACCAAUUCCUCUAACACUAAUCAAUCUCUGUUGAAUUCCAACGCAGAAUGUGAAGAAGGCAAUAAUCAACAUCAGAACAACGCAGAGUGCCAAGGAAUGGACAACACAGUUGGAACAAAUCCGCGUGCUCUAGCAGCACCUCAAGUGUAUGGAAACCAUAAUCAUCAUAGUUUACCUGUUCAGCAGUCACAACAAGUCUUACCACACGCUCAUAAUCGUGAUGGGGUUCAGCAGUCAACUUUUCAUUCCCAGUUUGUUAAUCAGUCCGGAAACUCAGGUACGCAGCCGAAUGCUUAUAACGCCCCUGGCACAAGUGUAGGAUAUAGUAUGCGUUGUAUGCCUACAGAAAUGCGCCGCUGAUAUGUACCGGAAUAUAAAUUACUUCCGUCAUUUUAUUUUACAUUGAUGAAGUGGUGUGUUUUGUUUGAUUUUAUUUCUUUUAUCCCAGACACUGGCUACCCAGUUGUUCAUAUGCUGAUAAUCAUUGUAUCUCACUUUGUUUGUGAUUAAUUUUUAGGACAUAGCUGUGUUCUUGCGUUCCUUCUACCUCUUAUUCUUACUACAUGAUCUUAACACAUUGUGGUCCAUUGGUUUGAGCAUCCGACUCUAGCCAGAUUUCGAUCUCACGCUACUUCAAACUGGACAGUUGGGUAGUAUCGUCAGCCUUCACACAUUGUGUUUCAUUGCCCAGUACCGGUUAAUCCAAUCCAAAUGUAUAUAAAAUUUAUUUUGGACACUUGUCUCCAUGCUCUUUCAUUGACAUCAUAUGUUUCGGAGGGUCUUUCAUAUUACAUAGCCCUAGUCAAUACCUGCUACUAUUCACCCGUUGUAGUUACAAUCUGAUUAUUCAACACAAUUUUUGAAACAUUUGAUGAGGUAAGCUAAUUUUUAUUCGUAUCUGACAAUCCUAAUGUACACACUCGCACACAAAUAGUUAUAUAUAUAAUUGCGAUUGUACAGCUAAGUCAGUGAAUUCGCCGAAAAAAGACUCUUCGCUGAACUGUUUGUUCUUAUAUUAUCAGAUUUACCAAGUACAUCUUUUUCACAUAAAAGUAGAGUAAGUUAUAUUUAUAAUCAUUUGUUAAUUAAAGUACAAGUUUAUCAAAAUCACCUUUAUAUGGUUGCAGAAGACUAGUAAUGGAAUUCAUAACAAUUGAUUUGUAUUGUUUGCAAUUCACCAUCUCCAUAUAAGUACACCGCAAUGAAUUUGAUGAUAUUUGGAAGUAAUUUGGGGCAUGGAAAAAAAUAUGAUGCAUUUCCCCUGAAUUUUCACACUGAUCUGUUCUCAAAUUACUCUCAGCAUUUUUGCUUGUCUCAGAUGUUCAAAAUAAGAAUCCGAAUUGACAACUAAUGGUCGUUUGUAAUAACUAGGUUGUUUAGUCAAAUAAACUAUGCGGUUUAAAGCGAGGAGUGUAGGUUUCAGCUUUCACUGGGAAAACUAGCAUUCAGUGAGAUGUUAGUUAUGUAGUUGACAUGUCUCGAAUAAAAUUAAACGCAUUCAGUCUGAACUCCCUUACUGAUUACCACUACACAGAUAUCUGUAUUAAAGAAAUUUUUAGAAUAUUAAAGGUUCUGUAUACGUAAUUAAUAUGUAAACAAAUCUCAGCUGAUUUUAAAUAAUUUGAACAUUUAGGCGGUAUAAUCUAUUCUUUCAAGCUCAUCGUUUGUUGACUUUAUUAUCGAUCUGUAUCAUAAGUAGUAUCUAGAAGACGAUUCAAUCUUCUGUAAGCUCAUAUGGAUGAAAGUGUACUAAUCUACAGAAUUAAAACUGUUAUCACUGUAUGUCUACUCACUGCAGGAAACAUCAUAAACCAAGAUGUACACGUCUACAAUCUUUUAAAAAACAUGCACUACUUAGUGAUCAGCCUUCUUCUAUAAAUUCACACAACACUUAUUUAUUAGAACAAAAUAUUUAGAGUGAACGAUUGUUUUCAAUAAAUUCUUCUUCAGGCUGUACAAUUAUAAAUUCGUUAAUUUAAGCAUACAAUAGCCAGACACUAAAAUCAUUAGUUGAGAGUAAUCUGAUUCCUAAGGAUACACUCAACGAAUUGAAACCCUCAGGUACGCACACACCAAGACUUUAUGGUUUACCGAAAGUUCACAAACCGGGAGUACCACUACGUCCCAUCUUAGAUAUGUGUCAAUCGCCUUAUCAUUCUACAGCAAAGUUGUUGGUAAAGGCACUAGAGCCGUUACAUCGCGAAUUAGUCAAAUUCAGUGUAAAAGAAGUAUUUAGCUUUUUGGAAACCACCAAAAGCCUGAAUGUAAAGGGAAAGAAAAUGAUGUCACUGGAUGUAGCAUCAUUAUUCACCAACGUCCCACUGCUUGAAACAGUCAACUACAUAUGUGACCAGCUGAUAGAAAGAAAGAUAGAUGUAGGAAUCCCAUCCGAAAAAGUCAAAGAAUUAUUAUUGAAAUGCACUACGAAUGUUCACUUUAUGUUCAAUAAUGGUUUUUAUAGACAAGUUGAUGGUGUAGCCAUGGGAUCACCUCUGGGCCCUAUGCUAGUGGAUAUUUUCCUGGCAAAGCUUGAAAACGGUCCACUUAAAGACACGAUUAAAGGGUUUGACUAUUAUUGUCGAUACGUAGAUGAUACCUUUAUCGUUUGUGAUAUAAAUCUUAAUAAACAAGAGCUUCUAAAUGCUGUUAAUAGUGUUCACCCAACUAUUCAGUUUACAUGUGAAGAAGAAGAGAAUAACAGUUUACCUUUCCUAGACGUCCUCCUUACCAUGAAGACAGACGGAUAUCUACAAAG